GAACCGAUACCAGCAGACAUCCGAAGAGAUAGUUCUAGUCAUGUCAUCACCUUUACAUAUUCUUUCUCAAAAUGAGAAUCUCUCGGUGUCUUUCUGUGGUUCUGGCUUUCUAGCAACAUACCAGCUUGGUGUUGCACAGAGUCUUCUGGAUAAUGCACCGUGGAUCCUACAAAGCGCUCCGAGAGUCUACGGGGCGUCUGCUGGGUCUCUUGUCGCUGCAGCUGUUGUUUGUGGGUCAAAUCUAGGUCGUGUGCGAGACCAGUUUUUGGAAUUUGCGCGAUUCACAAAACAACAUCCACUUGGUCUUCUCAAUCCGACGGUUGACAUUUUCAGAUGGUUGGAGGUCACACUGCAGCGCACACUGCCUGAUAAUGCCUAUGGUCUGGCCAGCGGCCGUUUGCAUGUUUCCAUGACUCGCAUCCCUGACAGAAAAAACAUCCUAGUGUCAGAAUUUCAUUCCAAUGAAGACUUAAUAAAAGCACUUUUGUGCAGCUGUUUUGUUCCUGUAUACUCUGGCAUGAUUCCACCACAGUAUAAAGGUGAGCACUACAUGGAUGGAGGUUUCACAAACAUCCAGCCCUUUGAGGAUUCCUCUCCCACCCUCACCAUCUCCCCGUUUGCUGGCGAGAUGGACAUCUGUCCCUCUGAUACCUCCACCACCCUGUGUGAUGUGAUCAUUCAACAGCUUUCCCUCGAGUUCUCUCUGACUAAUUUCAUUAGACUGGUAGAUGCUAUGUUCCCUCGGGACUGGAGGAUUCUGAAGAAGGCAUUUUACAGUGGAUACCAAGAUACUGUUUAUUUUCUGCAGCGGAACAACGCUUUGCAUUUGUACCCCGAAUUGAGAAGGGAUUCUGAAGUGUCUGAUGAUUCACGGAGCUCAGAUCACUGGAUGCUAACACAGACUGAUGAUGCAGAGGGACGAGACCAGGAGGAGGAAUUCCAGCAAAACUACCUGGAACACCCUGAGGAGAAGAUUGUCAGUUGGGUGGGCUUAUCAAUGGGUCCAUCCCAUCAAGAGCAGGCAGUACAUAAGAAUUCAUCUGUAAAAGUUCAGGAAGUGCUGCUGUGUAAUAUCAUGGGUCAGAUAGAGAUUAUGAGUAAUCCGAAUGUCUCGUUAUCUCAACGGACACUAUCAUACCUGCUCUUCCUGUUCACACUGCCAAUCUGGAGUGCAACAACUUUCAUGGACAGGUAUCAGAAAUGGAUCGCACAUGCUACGGUGGUGGUAUACUGGCUCUGGCAGGGGGUUAAACUCUUCAUAAUCUUUGUGCUCAACAUUUGCUUGUCUACACUGAGGAAAGGCCUAAGAGACCUGCUUUUGGGUCUGUUCAGUUUUAUCCCUUUGCUAGUUCACACUGAGUAUCAGAGGGCAAGAGAGUAUGCUGAAAGAAAUGUGGCCUCCUCUAGUCUGAAUGGUCAGGUCUCUACUCCUUUUCCAGGGAGUCCCUCUAUGGCACAGACCCUCCCUAAUCUCUACACACUUCUGUGUUCACUAGAAAUGGAGAGCAAAUGGAGAAGACACAGGAUUGAGGUGCAACACACAUUACAGAAACAUGUUGGACAUGUGAAAAGACAUUAAACACAUACAAACCGAGAUAUGUAAUGUUAAUCAUUACAUCCAGAUUGAUAAAUCAAUCCAUUAAAAGCAUCAAGCAUGCAUACUUUAUGCCUUGAAUAAUAAUAAUUUAAAAAAAAAGCUCUAGUAAUGUUAAAAGACUUGCGAAGUAAAACAUAAUGCAACUUACGCUUAUCACGCUUUUCUCCUGUGACCUAGAUGGUGUUGUUUUUUUUUAUUAUUGUUUAUCCAUCAUAAUCAUUAGGGAGAAGUUUUGAAGCAAGUGUUAUAGAGUGUUGAAAGGUUGUGAAAUUAUUUUAAGAAUAGUGUAGUUUGUGGUUUACUUACAUUCUAAGUAACAGUAUAAUAUUCUGUUUAUGUAAUAAUUCACUAUAUACAAUAAAUAAUAGAUGGUUAAAAAUGAACAUUACAAGCAGAUUUCCCAUUUUGAAUUUGAAUGGGACACGUGUACUGUGCACCACAAUUUACUGAUACAUAUAUAUCGCAUGACCCUGGUUACAUCAAGCACUGACACUAAAACUCCAGGAUUCAGUUUAAAUUGAUUAUCAAUGGUGCUCAAUGGACAAUGUGUUUAAACAGGAGACUUUCAAAUGACUGGGGUGGUGGCUAAUACAGUUCCAGGCACAACUUCAAUGCCACCAUUAUUUAAUUUCAAACCAUCUAGAAAUCCAUUAUCUCAUCAAAACAGAGGUUAAAAUGACAAAAUAUGUUUUAGUAAAUGUACCCUAUAUUAGAAGCACAACAGCAUCAAACAGAGCAUGCCUAAGCAUGGCCUUAGUCAUGCAGUGGUGAGUCCUGUGAUACCUCAUUUACCCCCAUCAAGACAAACAUCUACUGGUGAUGCCACGUUCCUCAGAUAAAAAGCUUGACCAAUUACUGUGCAUUAUGUCCAAGGAGAUGCUCAACCUGACUUAACCAAAUGAAAUCACAUGAUAGUCAUCAUAACUAAUUUUCAGUGCAAAAUCCAAUGUUGUUUAGCGUAAAUGGGGGAAGGUCAUGAAAAAGAGUUAAGACAAUGAAGCCUAUAAUAAUGAUCAUUACCACUGUCUGUAAUAUCAUGUGUGUGUGUAUAUAUAUAUAUAUAUAUAUAUAGAAUAGAAUGCAAAAAAGCUUUUAUUCACAUUACUGUAUUCAUAUAUUAUUAAAUUUAGUUUUUAGUAUGAGUAGUUAUUUAGUAAUAUUAGUAAUUAGCAUCAUUUAAACCAAUUUUUUUUUGUGUCAUUUUUAUUUGUAUAGCACCUUUCAAAACACAUCAUUUCAAAGCAGCUUUACAGAAAAUCAUGCAUUAACAGAAAAUGAAACUGUAAUAUCUAUAAAGUCUUAGUCAUCAUUGUGUACUUUGAUUAAAUAUGAUUGUGAAGUGUGUAUAAAAAUAAUUAAAUAAUUGUAUUUAGAAACCCAGGGAGCAAGCCGAAAGUGACUUGUUUGUUUUUUUUAGUACUUGUCCUUGUAUUACAGUACUUUUUUUCUUUUGAUUUUGGAUUAAAUUAUGACCCAGACAUGUUUUUA